CUCUCUCUGUCUUUCUCUCCCCCUCUCCCCAGGUUGAUCCAUGACUACCUGAGUGUUGCUCCGUUUGCAGACUACCUGGACAGCAUGUACUACAACAGGUUCCUGCAGUGGAAAUGGUUGGAGAGACAACCAAUCACCAAGAACACAUUCCGUCAGUACAGGGUACUAGGAAAAGGAGGUUUUGGAGAGGUGUGUGCAUGCCAGGUGAGGGCCACAGGGAAGAUGUACGCCUGUAAGAAGCUGGAGAAGAAGAGGAUCAAGAAAAGGAAGGGAGAGUCCAUGGCCCUCAACGAGAAGCAGAUCCUGGAGAAGGUCAACAGCAGAUUCGUAGUGAGUCUAGCGUACGCGUACGAGACGAAGGACGCGCUGUGCCUGGUGCUGACGCUGAUGAACGGGGGGGACCUCAAGUUCCACAUCUACCACAUGGGCGAGGCCGGCUUCGACGAGACCAGGGCCGUCUUCUACGCCGCCGAGCUCUCCUGCGGUCUGGGGGACCUGCACCGGGAGAGGAUCGUCUACCGGGACCUGAAGCCGGAGAACAUCCUCCUGGACGACCACGGCCACAUCCGGAUCUCUGACCUCGGUCUGUCCGUGUACGUGCCUGAGGGCCAGACCAUCAAGGGCCGCGUGGGGACGGUGGGCUACAUGGCUCCGGAGGUGGUGAAGAACGAGCGCUACACCUUCAGCCCCGACUGGUGGGCGCUGGGCUGCCUGCUGUACGAGAUGAUCGAGGGCCAGUCGCCCUUCCAACAGAGGAAGAAGAAGGUCAAGCGCGAGGAGGUGGAGCGGCUGGUCCGCGACGUGGAGGAAGAGUACUCGCACAAGUUCUCGGACGACGCCAAGUCUCUCUGUCAGAUGCUGCUGGCCAAGGAGCCCAAUGAGAGGCUGGGAUGCCAGGGGGGCGGAGCUUCGGAGGUGAAGGCCCAUCCCAUCUUCCGCUCCAUCAACUUCAAGCGUCUGGAGGCAGGCAUACCGAAGGCUCCAUUCAUCCCUGAUCCCCAGGCUAUUUACUGUAAAGAUGUGCUGGACAUCGAGCAGUUCUCCACGGUGAAAGGGGUGGAACUGGAGGCCAAAGACGACUCCUUCUACUGCAAGGUGUCUACUGGCUGUGUUUCCAUCCCCUGGCAGAAUGAGAUGAUCGAGUCAGAGUGUUUCAUGGAGCUUAACGUGUUCUACCAUGACGGGACGAUCCCCCCGGAUCUGGACUGGAGAGGCCAGCCCUCGCCCCCUCCCAAGCAAGGUCUGCUGCAGAGGCUGUUUGGCAGACAGGACUGCUGUGGUAACUGCAGCGACAGCGACGAGGAACCAACGAGGCUGUGAUGACCCCCGACCCCUUGACCCUUGACCCCAGGAGCUCUGAUUUGUUUACAAAUUUUGCACAUUUGUAUUUCUAAGAUAGUUCUAUAUAUAAAUAUCGGAAUGUAUAUUUUCAGUAUAUAGCCAUAAUGUUAUUUAAAUGUGUGUCAUGAUCCGCAACUAUAGAUCAGGUGAGCCCACUCCCCUUGUGUCACACUGUCGAUGUCGUCCGCCUUUCCCACAAUCCCUUGCACCUCCAUGGCUGUACCGUGCCAUUGACAACCGUGGCACUUGACAACGACCGCCCACAAAACCCAUAGAUAUUUCUUAUAUUUAUAUAUAUAAACAUAUACAGUCUAUAUAUGUAUAAAUAUAUAUAUUUCUCUUUAUUUAUGUGGUGUUAAUUCUCUAGACAAUCAAAUGAGGUCAUGUCAUUUAGCAGACGCUCUUGUCCAGAGCGAGGACGCAUUAGACUGAAUGCCACAGUGGCCUGGACGUAAGAAAAGACUGAGGUAUCUUUCAGAGAGAUGUGUUUUUUACACAUUUAUACUGGGCUCGCCAGUGUCAAAUAUAGAGUUAUCAGAAUAGACAUAACUGCAGUUCACAAUCACACCACCAGGACAGUAGGGUCUAUAUCCAAUAUCUGGAUAAGAUCUAUGAUCUACAUCUAUGUUAGUCCAAUAUAUGAUUGAUAGGCCAAAUGAAUAGGGCGACCUCAUAGACCACACUCAGAUGAACAGACCGACUCUUCCCUCCGUCCUCCCUUACAAGAUCACCCAUGUGACCCGUGGGGCGAGAGCUUCCCCCGGCCAGCUGAGUUGUAGAUCUAGACAUCACAGUGGGAUGGGAGGAAGAUGAGUUGUAGAUCUAGACAUCACAGUGGGAUGUCUACAAAACGCUCUGGUUUGGACUACAAAACGAUCUGGUUCGGACUACAAAACGCUCUGGUUCGGACUACAAAACGAUCUGGUUCGGACUACAAAACGAUCUGGUUCGGACUACAAAACGAUCUGGUUCGGUCUACAAAAUGGCCGCCUCUCCUGACACGUUGCGUCAGAGCCUCCAUUAUAGGUAUUCCGUUUCCCCCCAAAAAAGAGGACAUUUUUAUUUAAGCCUCAGCCUCAGGCUUCACUGUUGGGCUGCUGAACAGACUUGGGUCAAAUACUAUUUGCAGAUACUGUGAAAUACUUGAUGGGUUGCUCUU